AUGGCAAAGAGUAGCAUCCCUUCUCCAGGCAUUCUUGGCUGGCAGGAAAUUUGGAGCAAUAAUUAUGUUGCUACAACCCAAGCAGAAGCGGGAACGGCAGAGCAGAGUGCUGUCCAUGGGGUUCACAGGCUGGGGACACCGCUGCAUCCCCAUCGCAGUGGUGGGGCCAACCUGCUGCUCACCUCUGCAAGCUUCUGCAGAGUGGAGAUGCUUCGUAUCCAUGCAUGGUCUUGGUGUCCUGGGGGUCAAUUUCGCUUCCUCACAUCCUUCUGGCUUAGCAGCCCUGAUCCCGGCUGGCCCCGUGCAACAGCCCAACCUCUCAUCCCAUUAAUUACCUUCUGGCUAAUCCUGGCUGAGCCGGGCUGGGGCGAGUGGGGCUCAGCGCCGGCCAUGGCCGCACACACCCCUCUGCCCCCCAACCUCCGCCGGGGCUUGGCGGCCUUCAGCGGCUCCCUCUUCAUCAACAACAAGACGCGGGAUAGCGGCACUGCCCACACCGACUACUCAGCUCGCGAGGUGCUGGCCAGUCUGCCCCUACAGAUGAUGCUCUACUUCAACGCCUACUACUGCCCAGUCUGGUGCCUGGUGGAAGGGAUGAUGCUGCAGCUGAAGUACCACCUGCUGCCCCGGCACUACCAGCUCCUGUUGGUCACUGCCUUCAUCAUCCUCUCACUGGGCGAGGGCUCCCGCCUCUACCUGGGCUACGUGGGGAACCUGCAGGAGAAGGUACCUGAGCUCGCUGGGUUCCUCCUCCUCUCCUUCUUGAUCCAGCUCCCUCUCCUGCUCUUCUUGAUGACUGACAACCACAUCAUCCGCCUGCCACUGGAGAUGGCAGUGCACAGCCUUUUCCUGGCUUUCCUCGUCGCCGAGAUCGUGGCUGCCUUCUUUGCGUUGAAGACCAUGACCAAGCAGCUGGCAGCACAGUUCUACCUGCGCCAGCUCAAGGAGGGUGGCUGGGGGGCACAGAGAAGCCCCAGGGGGCCAGCAGCUGAGGAGGGGGUGAUGUUUAGAACCCCUCUAUCCCACGCAGUCAGUGCGGGCAGGGAGCAUUAA